GCUACUGAAUGGGGAUUUGAAAGAAGGGAAUUUUGUGGAUAACCAGUGCCCCCUAGAGGUGGCACUUCCUCCUGAGAAGGCUGAGGCUGCUGAAGGACUUAACCAUUCAUUUAGCCAGGAAGAGGGUGAGAAGAUGGGAAGCAAAGAAUUUGUCCGAACAUCUGUGAAAAAGAAGCUUAACCUUGAUGAGCUAGAAUGUGAUGUUUCUGUUGAAGAUGAAAAUCGACAAGAAUGGACCUUUACUCUCUACGAUUUUGAUAACAGUGGAAAAGUAACCAAAGAGGACAUGUCCAGUCUUAUGCAUACAAUUUAUGAAGUUGUGGAUUCCUCUGUGAAUCAGUCUUCCUCCAGUAACAGUAAAACACUACGAGUAAAACUGACUGUGACCCCUGAACCCUGCAGCCGAAGGAGGGACAGUUCUAUCAAUGGCCAAGAUCGAGAUAAUGUUCGUAGUAGACAUGAGGCUGAAAAUUUGGAAGACAUGAAGAGUGCAGAUAAAAGGCUUUCUGUACAUAUAAGGAGACACAACAACGAUCAGCACCAUUCUAGUAUGCGAGAACACUAUUGUGUAGAUGAGAAUACUGAGAGGAGGAAUCAUUACCUUGAUCUGGCUGGGAUAGAGAACUACACUUCCAAAUUUGGUCCAGGGUCACCACCAUCACAGUCAAGACAGGAACACCACAUAAAGAGUCCUCAUCCUCACAGCCGGUCCCGAUCACAGGAGUCUGAAGGACACACUGUCCAACACCGCAGAUCACAAGUGCUGAUCGACUAUGCAUCACCACCUCUAGGAGAGCAAGGGCCAAGAGCAGCAGAGAUGCAACAAAAGCCAAAAAGCCAAGACAGGCAAUUCUUCAAAUAUCCCAAGGGAGCAGGAAAAAUUCCGUUAGUAUCAAGUCUUAGUGGUGCAGGCAAGUCAAGCAAAGUAGUUAACUAUUACAUGCCAGUUACUCCGUCACAGGCAGCUCAAUCAGGACAGGAUGUUUACCACUUGCAGCAGCAGCAGCAACAACAACACAGCCAUAAAAAAUACAGGCAGAAGGUCAAAGAUAUACAUUCUCCAGCAAAAACCACUCAUCCGCAGCCCAUGGCACUGGAGCAUGAAAUUGUAAGGGAUUUGCCACCAGUCCUAACCAAUGAGGGCUAUGUCAUGCCUGUGGUUCAAAGACAUGAGCAUCAUCAUCAUCAUGAACACCAUCAUCACCAUCACUAUCACCACUAUCAGUCAUGAGCACAUAUUGGACUUUGUUCCCUUGGCAGACUGUGAGACAGGGGUGAAAUCAACAGCUAUUUACCAAGUGCAGUAUUCUACUCAUUUUCUUGUCUGUUGUUAGACUCCCCUGAAAAGAAAGUGAGAUGGCGUUUAGCCAUAUUCUUUCAGUGAGAGGGUUUUGUUUCUUUUUAAAGAAGAAUUCUACUCUCAUUUUGUCUGGCAACGUUACUCCUUAAUACUCUGUAUCAUUUUUUUAUAUAUUGAUUGGUUAGCUAUGGAUCUCAGGUACAUGAGCAGCUGGUGAGCUGCAUAUAUUGUAGACAUAAACUGUUAACUUUUGUUACACCACUGCCAUUUCUUAACAGAACUUUUGUGUUCUCUUAUUUCUUGGAUAUUUUAUAUUUUUAAAGCUAAUAUGAAUUAUAAUUUUUGUGUAUUUCAACGUGAGGCCUUACUGCUGCCAGAUAGUCUUAGCUCCAUCUACAUGCAGCGCACACCUCAUUUCUGUGUCAGGAUCUUAAAUGUUGCCUCCUAUAAAAAUACUGACGUUAUGAUAGAUUUAUCCUGUGAGCAUAUAUUACACUUGGACUGAAUGUAACACAUUUGUUAUAAUUUUUAAGAAAGUAUAAUUUAUUCAUAUAUUAAUGCAAGAAAUAUUACAUUAUUUCCCUGUCACUUUUUGUAGCAGAAUGCUGUUUUAGAUUUGUUUAGCUAUUCAUAUGUUUACAUAAUAGUGUUAAAACCAAUGCCUAGCACUGUUAAAGGGAUCUUUCAUGUUUCCAGUUUUAGUAUCAACAAAGUAGUGUGUGACAGUAAAAUAUAUUUUUCUUU